AUGGCUCUGCGCAUGAAAGUUCGUGGCCUGCAAGGUAUUGUUGCUGUUGGGAGAAUUCGAGAUGUGGAAGAACUUAAGAGUACUGGUCUACCGGUACCCCUCGAGGUGGACGGCACCAUUAUCAACCCGGGAGACCUUGUGUUCUGCGACCCUUCUAACGGGGUGGUUGUUAUCCCUCAAGAGAGGGUCGACGAGGUUGCCACCUUGCUGCCUGAGCUUACCGCCGCCGAUGAGAGGGUGAAAGAGGCUGUGGCCGGCGGCAUGACAGUGCAUGAGGCCUUCAAGACUCACCGUGGAAAGCUGUAG